UCGUAGUUUCACCUCCAUUUGUGGCGUUAAAAUUCAUAGUUUUGGAUGCUGUUAGUGCGGAUGGUGUGUAAAAACGUAGAAAUCAUAAAAACGAAACGUUAUUGAUAUCGACUUUUCAAAAUUACGCUUCAUUCUUUGCAUUAUCGCAAAAUUUUGAAAAUCCUCCAUUAGCAAGUUCAGUUGUUCUACGAGAACGUACGCCUUGCCAUUUUGGCAAUUAUCCAUAUCCGUCGAUGAGUAAUCAUCAGAAAAACAUAGAUUCUUUAGAUCUCCAUGUUGUGUUCGUUUCAAUUAGUGGAAGAUUAAUUGUGUUAUGAUAUCAAGGGACUGAAUUUGGCUUAGCUGAAACUCCAAAUGUGUCAUUGUAAGAGGCUUUAAGGAAAGAAAAGGCAGAGAGUUCAAAUUCAGGCUGUAGUAGAACUAAAUGACGUUACAUGCAGCUUUCUCCGAGAGAAGCAUCAUGAAGAAAUAAAAGUCAGAUUUUAGAAUCCAAAAACGUGGCUGGAAAUAGUUAAAAAAAUAUUGGAAAAAUUAGAGGAGAUUCAACAGCACAGAGGAAACGCGUCAGCAAUGGGGAACAUUUCUCUAGUCCUUCUCGCACUGGGUGUCAUCCUUUGG